UACGACCGUGUCGUUUCAGGAACUACAUUCUUUGGGAUAGUACGAGACGCCUGUGUCAUGACCAAUGAACCCUCGAAGACGCAGCAGAAAUAGCGAGGAGGCCAACGAGUCCACCAAGCGCCAGCGGAGGAAGUUUGUCGCCUGCCAACGGUGCCAUGCGCAUAAAAUCAAGUGUUCUGGGGAUCAACCAUGUGCCAAAUGCGUGGCGGUUGGCUGUGCAGAUGAGUGCCAAUAUGCCCCUCGAGAUCGGCAGGUCAAAGUGAACGAGAGCUAUUUGGAUCUUCUUCUAUCGGAAAACCGACGAUUAAGAGAACAAUCGGGAUCCUCGGUCAACGAGGCCGAAGCUACAAAUGACACCGAAACCGGUCCGCCCCGAACAGCAGCAGAGAUACCCGAUGAGAGCAGCACGGGAGUAAGCAACCCUCUAAUUGGAGAUCGGGCGUGGUUUCAUCCCUACGCUCCUUCUGCACCUCCCAUCUUCAUCGGCGAGGCAGCCUGUACGGCCUUUGCUACCCGUUUUCGCCGUUUUUUAACGGGCAGCAAUGCGACUGCCCACAUCCCGCGGACGCAGUAUGUGAAGGAUUGGAAUAUUGCUGCUGCCAAUGCGGACAAUGUGCAGUGGCCAAGCCUGCAGCAGGCCCGACUGCUGGUGAAGAUUGCGGUGUAUCAGAUUGGGUCCGUGUACCACUUGCUUCUGCGGAAAUCGACUUUUGAGAAGCUCGAGGAGAUCUAUCAGACGGGGGAUUUUGACAACACGAUCAACAAGUGCAAGUUCUUUGCAUUGUUUGCCUUUGGAGAAGCAUACUCGAUGAGAGCCGAGCCGGCCUCGGGAUCCCGGGUCCCAGGGACUUCGUAUUUUGCGCGCGCCAUGGGUCUACUCUUGCAGGUACUACCGGAGAGGAUGAUCAUCACUCAUUUGGAGACAUUGUUGUUGUUGUCAUUAUUUUCUUAUUACCUCAACCGACGCCAUUCGGCCUACGUGCUGAUCGGGAGUGCGAUGCGCCUAGGCCUAUGCACCGGGAUGAACCAUAAUAUUCCAGAAUCGCAACUCAUCGACCCGGUAGAACGGCAACAUCGCCUACGGGUAUGGUGGACAAUCUAUAUUUUCGACCGCAUGUGGGGUUCGAAGAUGGGUGUGCCAUCGCAGAUUCUCGAUGAGGAUAUACACCUGGACAUGCCAUCCAGUAUCGAUCCGCCACAGCUGCACGACGAACAGUUUUCAGACCCAGAAUACCUCACAGCCAAUGUUAAAUUGGCUCGGAUUGUGGGAGAAACAAUCGCAAAGCUAUACAGCCGGCGGAAGUACAGUGAAACGUUCCUGCAGCGGGUGCAAAAGCUUCUCAAGGCACUGAAGAACUGGGUGGAAACGUUGCCGGAGCAUAUUCGAUUGAACCAGGAUGACCUGGAGGCUAAUAAGAAGCACAUCACCUCGCUGCAUCUUUCAUUUAACCAGUGCGUCAUUCUCACCACCCGACCGACGUUGCUACACCUUCUCAUCAAACUGAGCGAUAAUGGCGGUGCAACCAGCAACCGGGGCGACGGCUCUGAGGUCGUAUCUCAGCCCGUACUGACCCUGGGCGAAGCCUGCAUCCACGCAGCACGCCAUUCGUAUACCAUCAUCCUGAGCAAAUGGAUCAAGGGCUCACUACCAGUCUUCGGCUACUUCCACGCGCAUUACCUUUUUUCAUCAGCCCUAGUGCUAGCCAUGUCCAGCUUCGUCCCAAUCGGCAACCCAGGCGACCUAGGAUCAUUCACAACAGCCCUCGAAGUCCUCCGAUCGAUGAGCGAAAACGGCAAUCUCGCAGCGAGCGAAUUCUUCCACAACCUAGAACAAGUCAAAAUCUGUCUCGACCGCUACCGCGAAGAGCGACAACAACGCAGAGGCGAUCGAGGAACCGGCGAGAAAAGAAACGGAGCAGCAGCUAUCGGACCGGGCGGUAUCACCGCCUACACACCAACACCGUCAAUGGGCUCCAUCAUGGGCCCAGGCGAGGCGGGAAUCGGAGUGGGUCAGAACUACGGCACGGCUGCUAACAUCGGCAUGCCGGUGGCGGACGCGGCGGGCGGGUUCACGACGGCAAUGGCGUUUCUGGAGCCGACGAUGCAGGACUUUUUGGCGCAGUCUGAUUUUGACCUGGGGAUGUUGAAUCCGGUGGAUACGUUUAUGAAUGAUACGGAGAGUUUGUAUACAUAUCACGGGUUAUAGUCUUAACAAAAUGUAUUCUAUGUCAUCUAAAUCUAUGUCAUUAUAAAUCAUCUAGGUCAUAUGCAUCGUAAUUAUCGCUUCGAAUCCAAAUCGAACUUUUCCUCCACCCAUCGCUGCAUAUCCAAGCCCCAUCGCGUGAUCGUCAUGACGAGUAAUCCACCGAUGAUAAUCAGAAUCACGCCUGUACCUGUUAGAAAGUAUACCAACAAAGCAAAUCCAGAAUAAACAACUUACAAAUAGUAAAUGCCAACCCCACCCCAAU